UUAAAGGGGAAGCAAACAAAAAACCCACUUUCCUCUAAAAUACUACAUGAUCUUCCUAAUACAACACUCACUCCCAUCUGGUCCAAAGUAACAUUUCUCUCACACCCGACGCCAAGUCAAUGGCUCUCUCAAAACUCGAACAACAAUCACCCACACAAGAACCGCCGUCGCCAUCCCACUGCUACACUGCCUUACCAACCCAAUCUCCUGAUGAAAACUACGUCGUUUUGCCCUUCUACUCCCCCGGGGGACGACUCCGCUGGUGCGGUUGCCGGAUGCUAUACACCGGCACGGCUUCCUUCUUCUUGUUAGCUACCUUGGUGUACAUUUUCUGGCCCUCCGACCCCGACGUUAAGAUCGUACGGAUGCAUGUGAACCGCAUGAAAAUCCACACCGUACCCAUCAUAGCGUUGGAUAUGUCUUUAUUGAUUACGUUGAAAGUGAGGAAUUCGGACGUCUACUCCAUGGACAUCACCAGUUUGGACGUUGCCGUCGGGUACAGAGGGAAGAUGCUAGGACACGUGACGUCGGAGCAAGGUCACGUGAAGGCGUUGGGGUCGUCUUAUGUGGAGGCGGUGCUCCAGCUUAAUGGGGUUGAGGUGUUGUCGGACGUUGUGUAUUUGCUGGAGGACUUGGCCAAGGGAACUGUCCCGUUUGACACUGUUACGGAAGUCGCCGGCUCCCUCGGUCUGUCCUUCUUUAAGUUCCCUUUAAAGGCAAAACUCUUAUGCGAGAUUGUGGUACAUAGAACCACUCAGACUAUCGUCCGCCAAAAUUGCUACCCUCAGAAAUAAAGUUGGAAGCGAUGGGUACGAAGAAUGAAGUGGAAUGGAUUGGAUUGCUUGCGGUGCAGAAAAGCUGAAAGAUUAACCAGUGUUCCACAGCCAUCAUUGUAAAUAGAUAUUGAAACAGGUUUCUUAAACUUGUGCAGCAUAUUAUUUCAUGAUAUUGUAAUUAUAGCAUAUCCUGUUUCCAUUAUGCUGGACAAAUUGGUUAAUCUGUAUAAAAAAAAUGAUUUGGAUUUUCCCAUCA